CACCUGUUGAUGAACAUGUGUACGUAAACCGAAAAAACUACCACUCGCUUAAUGUAAUGGGAGUUUGUGACUCAAACUUGAAGUUUUUAAACAUUGUAGCAAAGUGGCAUGGUAGUACACAUGACGCAUUUGCAUUGCGCAAUUCAAGGCUUUGUGAAAUGUUUGAAGUCGGGGACAUAAGCGAUGGAUGGCUUCUUGGUGACAGUGGAUAUCCACUUCGGCCAUGGCUUUUCACACCAGUCAUAAACCCAACAACUAGACAGGACCAACGUUACAACGCUUGUCAUAUGAGAACAAGAUGUGCUGUUGAAAGAAGUUUGGGUGUGUUGAAAUCUCGGUUCCGAUGCAUCGAUACCACUACAGGAACAUUGUUUUACAGCCCUGUCAGAUGUUGUGACAUUAUUGUAGCUGUUGUUGUUUUACACAACAUGUGUAUUAACAAUAGAAUUCCGUUGCCUCCAGGAAACGAUAACCCAAGAGAUCAAGGAAACAUUGGUGGGCAGCAAUAUGUUGGUAAUCAAAACGACGGUGCAAUUAUUCGUACUAGAUUGAUAAAAAACAGAUUCAACAAUUAA